ACGACGCCAGAGCCGGAAAUGACGACAUGGGUGAAGCCUUUUGGGCGGGGUCUGGACCCGUCAGCUCCAAAGGCUGCGACUUCACAUCGGAAACAAAACAGCGGCUGCUGGUAAAGGAACCUCAGCUGUGAGCGGUCGGCGUCUGCGAGGAAGGAGUAGACCUAAUCCGGGAGCCUUCAAGUGACAGCAGCCUGCAAGGUCCUUAGAAAGCUUGGCCUGGACGGGGACACAUGAAAGAAAGAACUCUAAGAGGCUUUGUUUUCUGUGAAAAGAUAUUUCUGUAUAGUUGCUCCAAUGACAGAGUUACCUGCACCCUUGUCCUACUUCCAGAAUGCACAGAUGUCCGAGGACAACCACCUGAGUAAUACUGCACAUAGCCAGAAUGACAGUAGAGAGCGGCGUGAGCACAGCAGCGAAAGGCGGAGGCGUGGCAACCCUGAGCCAUUAUCUAAUGGCGGACCCCAGGGUAACGCACUGCAGGUGGUGGAGCAGGAUGAUGAAGAGGAUGAGGAGCUGACACUGAAAUAUGGCGCCAAACAUGUUAUCAUGCUCUUUGUCCCCGUGACUCUCUGUAUGGUGGUAGUGGUGGCUACAAUCAAAUCAGUCAGCUUUUAUACCCGAAAGGAUGGGCAGCUAAUCUAUACCCCAUUCACAGAAGACACCGAGACUGUGGGCCAGAGAGCCCUGCACUCCAUUCUGAAUGCUGCUAUCAUGAUCAGCGUCAUUGUUGUUAUGACUAUUCUCCUGGUCGCUCUAUAUAAAUACAGGUGCUAUAAGGUCAUCCAUGCCUGGCUUAUUAUUUCAUCUCUGUUAUUGCUGUUCUUUUUUUCAUUCAUUUAUUUGGGGGAAGUGUUUAAAACCUAUAAUGUUGCCAUGGAUUACAUCACUGUUGCCCUCCUGAUCUGGAAUUUUGGUGUGGUGGGAAUGAUUGCCAUUCAUUGGAAAGGCCCACUGCGACUCCAGCAGGCAUAUCUCAUUAUGAUCAGUGCCCUCAUGGCCUUGGUAUUUAUCAAGUACCUCCCAGAAUGGACUGCGUGGCUCAUCUUGGCUGUGAUUUCAGUAUAUGAUUUAGUGGCUGUUUUAUGUCCAAAAGGCCCACUUCGUAUGCUGGUUGAGACAGCUCAAGAGAGAAAUGAAACACUCUUUCCGGCUCUCAUUUACUCCUCAACAAUGGUGUGGUUGGUGAAUAUGGCAAAAGGAGACCCAGAAGCCCAAAGGAAGGUAUCCAAAAGCUCCAAUUAUAAUGCACAAAGCACAGGGAAUGAAGCACAAAACUCUGUGACAGAGAAUGAUGAUGGUGGCUUCACCGAAGAGUGGGAAGCCCAGAGGGACAAUCGCCUAGGACCUCAUCGCUCUACGGCUGAAUCACGGACUGCUGUACAGGAACUUUCUAGCAGCAUCCUAACCAGUGAAGACCCAGAGGAAAGGGGAGUAAAACUUGGACUAGGAGAUUUCAUUUUCUACAGUGUUCUGGUUGGUAAAGCUUCCGCAACAGCCAGUGGAGACUGGAACACAACCAUAGCCUGUUUUGUAGCCAUAUUAAUUGGUUUGUGCCUUACAUUAUUACUUCUCGCCAUUUUCAAGAAAGCAUUGCCAGCUCUUCCAAUCUCUAUCACGUUUGGGCUUGUUUUCUAUUUUGCCACAGAUUAUCUUGUGCAGCCCUUUAUGGACCAAUUAGCAUUCCAUCAAUUUUAUAUCUAGCAUAUUUGCAAUUAGAAUCCCAUGGAUUUUUCUCCUUUGACUAUAAUAACAUCUGGGAAGGACAAAGGUGAUUUUCCUGUGUCCACAUCUAACAAAGUCAAGAUUCCUGGCUGGACUUUUCAUGGCUUCCUUCCAAGUCUUCCUGACCACCUGCACUAUUGGGCAUUGGAAGGAAGUGUCUACAGAAAAUGGUUUUGAACAUACAUCAUCGUGGUGGACUGAAUCCCUCGGUACAAAAACUAUCAGAUUUGAGUGACAAGGACAAGGAAAAGUGAUGGAUCACAAGCAGUUUGACCCGUGGUCACGGGUGGAUUUUACCAACACUGCAGACUCUCAGGACUGCCAUUACCAAGGGGUUAGAUAAAGUGGUUGAAACCAAACAGGACUCGACAUCUUAAACAACAUGUUGAAAAUCAACGUAAUAAGUCUGUGUUAAAUUCUAAAUCUUUUCGGGAGGUACUUGUAAGGGCGCCAGCAACAAAGCGGAAAGGUGGAAAGAGGCUCAGACUUUCACUUUUAGACUAUUUUGCUGCAGACUUAUCAUUUUUAAGUAAGACCUUUUUUCACCUUGAGUCAGUUCACAUGUAUAAGUUAAUUUUGACAUUUUCGUUCUCAAGCACUGAGGCUCAUUCCCAUCUGUGGUCGCUGUUCCUCCCCAAGGCCAGUCUGAGUUCAUUUGAGGUUGCUUUGUCUUAAAAGUCUUAACCUCAGGUUCCAAAUUCAGUAAUUUCUGGAAAUAAUGGAACUAUAGCUCAAUGAUUCCUUAUUACCCUUAGGUAAAUUCUGGAUUUACCACCAAAUUCCUAAAUUUUAAACACACUGUGGGUUCACUUACCCCAAUGCCUCCUUUGUUCCCCAUCUCUCCCUUCACUCCCCCAUAAGCAAUGCCCUUAUAUGGCAAAUAAGACAGCUCUGUUGUGGUAGCAGAUGGUCCAGUUAUUCUAGGAUUUUACUCUGUGUGGUGCAAAGAACGUGUUAUGAAUCAGUGCUGUCAGCCUGACUGUCAUUAAUUUCUUCAAUAGCAAAUCCAAUGUGUGCCCAGAGACAGUAGCAUUAAAGAAGAGUAAAAUGGCUGGUGAAGCACUUUCUGUCCUAGUUUUUCUUUUUUUACUACAACCCAUUGUCUCUGACCAUAGGUCAGAAAUUGAACCAGUAGCCAAAAGCUGGUAGUUUAUAAAGUGUAUGAAUCACUUGUAUCAGUACAAAGCAAGAGUUUGGAGAAAGCUAUUGAGCUGUGGGAGGGUCCAGGGUUCGGGGAGAACUGGCUGGCAAGAGAACGGGCCUCCAACAGCCGGUGGGACAAGACGAGCUGAAGUCCUGCAGGGGGGUGUUAAGGGGGAUAUCCAAGUUAUUCCUCAGGAAGCUCUUAAUGAUGGUUUGUGGUUUCCCUUCAGCAUCACCUUUCAUGUCAGUGAACCUUCGAAGAUGUGAAUUGGGCAGUGGAGCUCAGGCCCUGGGCAGUUGAGUUGGACAGUGCUCUGAAUCAGAGCCAUCAGCCCGUGGGCACAUAAUACCUCUAAAUGAAGUUUUGCCAGGGCACACUGUUCUUUGCCACAGAACCCUUAGCCAUGCUGCUUGUAAGAGUUUGUGAGGGACUUAGUUUCCCCCUGUGGCUGAAGAAAGACCAGCUUUUCCUCCUCCUGCUUUCUCUCAGCCUGUCAUAUGAUCUGGUUUGGGGUUGGAGUUUAGAAUAUUUGUUUUCUGUCAUGGAAUAUUUCUUAGAAACUAACUUUAGGAGUAGCGCACUGGUCCUAACCUGAGUGGACGUGAAAACUGGCUCGUAUCAGAUAGCCGAGAACUAGGAACAUAAGAGCUGUGCAGAGAAGGAGUGGGCCUUAGGGUAGUGGAUUCUCCCAUCUCUGUUUUUUUCCUUCAGCCUCUUUUUCCAAGAUUCUCUUUUUCUCCUCAGCAUGUGGCAGUGUGUUAUCUUCUAGAAAGACAUAUGAUUCAUUAGCUACAGCAAAGCCACCUGAACACCAAUAUGUGAUUUGAAGCAGUCUUGAGGGAGCCCUGAUCUAGAGUAGUUUACUUGUGUGAGGGUCCCAGAUAUGCUGUACCUUUCAUGAAAGGCUCAUCACAGAAAGGGUGUGUAUGUGUGUGUGUUUAAAUCCACCCUAUGUAUUAUUGUCCCAUGUAGAAAGAUUGCGACAGAUCUGUCACUUUACAAGAUGGAGCCACAUGUGAGCAUAGACACAUUUUUUUAAAUCACCAGUCUGAGGUAGAACUUUUUCUUCAAAUCUUUUAGGAAUUCAUUCAGUUGUUUCUGAAGUAUCAAAAUGCUAGUCUUCCACCAUGAAAAAUCGAUUGUCACCAGAGUAAUUCGUAGCAGUUUCACUGAGAAUGUGCCCUCACGUGGACAGCGGGGUGGCUGUGGAGCCGGGAAACAUAAAUGAUAAAGCAUGACCAGCCAAGCCAAUCUGCUCAAUAAAAAGAAGGAAAAACAGUAGGAAAAAUGACCGCUGAUAUCUGGAUCGGACUGGCCUGCAAAAUAAAGUGUUUAUAUACAGAAUGUUGCUACAAACUAGCCUAUGGAAGUACCAACUAUAUUUGGAAGAUUUGUAUUUUUUCCAAAGAGGAAGUGCUCACUUCCCUGGUUUUGAUUCUCACUAGGUUAGUGUGUGGUCUUGGGAUCACAGCUCUCACUAUAAAAGAGUAAAUUUCUCGAUCAGAAAAAAAAAUAGCUUUCUAAACAAUCUGAAAGGAAACAUUCAUUUCAGGAAUGUGAGGAAAUUAUUGAUUUCACUACAGAAGCAACAACUAAAGAGGUGAUAUUUUUACUUUUAUACUCCUGAUCCCCCUUUUUUUUAAGUUUCCCUUGGUUUUUAAAAAACUCUCCUUCUAUAACAGAUGUUUGAAAAAAAUAAUAUGUUGAGUACUUGUCCUUUAUUUGGCCUCUUCUCUUAUAUGAUGUCUGAUCAUAAUUUGUAGAAUGCGAAACAGAAGUUAAGCUGCCCCAUAACAUCCUCCAGGGUCAGACAUCUCGAGGAAGCCUUUGAUCCUGACCCCCAGUGCUCAGCCUUGCAGGAUUCCCCAGUCACAAUCUAGGCCUGGAAGAAAAAGUUCAAAAACCACUGUGAAAAGAUUUGUUCAAUGUCCUCAUUGGUGCUGGAGUCUAAAGAUGCAAAGAUAAAUAAGAUCUGUCCUCAGAAUGCAGCUGCAGCCUCCUGUUCUCCAGUAUAUGCCAUCUCUAAUUCCUCUAAAAUACCGGGUACGUGUCAAUAACCCCUUUCAGUUAGCAUUAUUGAGGACUUAUAAAAUUGAUGUUACAAAAGUGACUUGAUUCUUCCUAAAACACAUCCUUUUAGUAAAGUACUCCUUUUUCUGUAAAUUUGCUUUGGGUAUUCUAUAAAGAACGAUUGGCCUUUCGUUCUCCUUACCUCCAAGGGUAUACUGAAUGCUGAGUUUGGGAAGAGACUUGAAAAGUGGACGUUUGGUUUUGCCUUGGGAUGAAGGGAUAUCACCAUCAUAAGUGUGAGCCCAGAAGCAAUCCUUAUGAUCUCGCCUCUUUUUAAAUUCCCAAAACAUAAGAGAUUCAAAACAGUUGUUUCAGAUCUUCACAACCCUUGUCGAAAUUGCUGUAUACCAACAAGGCUGUACUCAUGUUCAUGUCCCAAAUCAUCUGGAUGGCAUCAUCUGAACAGUGCUCCCCUCUAGUAGGAAACACCUCAGAUUUGUGUAUUAAAAAUCAGCCUGGAGCUGCAAUGAACCCAGGUCCUUCUUGAAUGUCGAAGCUGUUUCCCACGGCCGCAGGCAGCUGCAAAAUUGUCCUGAGGAAGUAGUUGGGUCCUCCUGGGCCCCAGAAUAUGGUGUUAGCACUUCAGUCUGGUCUGUGCAGUGGGAAAGGUUUCUCAGAAAGCAAUUUUCCUUUUAAAAUAAAUAUUUGUUGUAACAGGGCAGCUUCAACUCUACCGGAGUAGCAAGUUCAGGAUUGUCUUGUUUCCUGUGUGAUUGGUAGGGCUGGGAUGUGAGUUCAGUGAGAUCAUUUACUCUCACAUGUUUAUUGUCUGGCUUUUGCUUUUUACAGACACUGCUUUGUACAUGAUUCAAACCGACUGUGAAUACAUCUUUUUAAAAUACCUUUCAAAUUCUUGGUAGGAUAUUAUUUUGAUAGAUGAUUACAGAUUUUCUUGUGUUUGUCAAGUGAAUAAAGCCGGCAUGAAUCCA